CCAAACUUCAUCAAUUGUGGAUUCCAGCGCUUCCCAGCACAUGCUGCCUCGCCAAGUAUUUCUCCAAGCUGCCCGUCGCGCCCGGAAGACGGUCACCCUCACCCGAAACUUUGCCGCACAUGCCACGAUUGACGAGAGCAAGCUAAAUGGGGUAAGUUUCAAGCUGACCGACACCCAGCGCGAAUUUCAACAUCUCGCUCGCAAAUUCGCCCGCGAAGAAAUGAUUCCUCAGGAAAAGCACUAUGACCAAACCAUGGAAUACCCCAAACCCAUCUUCGAUAAGGCCUGGGAGUUGGGCUUGGUCAAUGGCCAUAUCCCCGAGAAAUUCGGCGGCCUUGGGCUUGGCUCCCUCGAUGGAUGCAUCAUCGGCGAAGAGUUGGCGUAUGGAUGCACGGGAAUGAUGACUGCCAUCGAGGCCAACCAUCUUGCACUGGCGCCGGUUCUCGUUGCUGGAAACGACGCUCAAUGCGCCAAGUACUUUGGUCGAUUGAUUGACGCACCACGGCAAGCAGCGUAUUGUGUCACGGAACCUGGUGCAGGUUCUGAUGUGGCCGGUGCCAAGACAACCGCCGUGAAGAAGGGGAACUCGUGGGUUAUCAAUGGAUCGAAGAUGUGGAUCACCAACGGAGGUGUAGCUGACUGGUACUUCGUCCUCGCCAAGACUGACCCUGGUGCCUCCGCUGGAUCGGCGUUUACGGGCUUUAUCGUGGAUGCCAACACCCCAGGCAUUACUAAGGGCCGAAAGGAAAUUAACUUGGGCCAGCGUUGCUCCGAUACCCGCGGUAUCACGUUCGAAGAUGUGGUUGUGCCAGAAGAAAACGUGCUCGGGUCGCCUGGAUAUGGCUUUAAGAUUGCUAUGCAAGCUUUCGACCACACCCGACCGCCUGUGGCGAUUGGCGCCGUAGGUUUGGCUCGUCGUGCCUUUGAAGAAGCCAAGAAGUACGCGUUGGAGCGCAAGACCAUGGGCGCGCCGAUUGCGACACAUCAAGCGAUCAUGUUCAUGUUGGCGGACAUGGCGACGGGCAUCGAAGCCGCGCGUUUGCUAACAUACAAAGCUGCGUACGAGAUAGACUGCGGCCGCAAGAACACGAUGUUUGCGUCCAUGGCGAAGAGAUUCGCCGGCGACUUGGCGAACGAAGUGGCCGCAAACGCAGUGCAGAUCUUUGGCGGCGCUGGGUUCAACACCGAGUACCCCGUCGAGAAAUUGUUCCGCGAUGCCAAAAUCUACCAGAUUUACGAAGGCACAUCGCAGAUUCAACGGCUCAUCGUCGGCAAGGAAGUACUCUCGCGUAACUUGGAACCGUAAGGCGAUUACAUGAUGACAAACCUGUAUGAAUGAAUAUUCAAUGAGAAAAACUAGUUUUUCCUCGUA